AUGCUCCGCUGAACUCCCCUCCCCCUCUGCUCAUCUGCUCCGCAGCCUCUUCGAAACACUCCGACAAACACACGGCCGGAGAGACGAGAAAGAAACCUGAGAUACAGGCGAGACAAUGAUGAGAGACACGUAACCGCAGCCGAUAUUGUCUCUAGCAUGAACCAUGACAGACUGGAGCGAGAGAUAGACAGCUAGAGGAGAAGGGGAGGGGUGAACAGACAGAGAGAGAGACAGACGGGAGGGAUAUGGCCCUCUUACACGUCUCUGCAGUCAAGCUGCACACCCUGGACUGAAGACCAUGCUGGAUAAAAGCGAAGUGUCCACUCUCAGUCUGCCGCCCUCCGUGAGCCAUGGCGGGUCAGAUGGGAACAUCAGCGUGGAGGCAGGGUCAGACGGGGCAGGCGGUGAGGUCCAGAGAACACGAGUGGCGCUGGAACACCUGCAGCAGAAGAUCCUGAAGAUCACCGAACAGAUCCGUGUGGAACAGGAGGCCCGUGACGAUAAUGUGGCCGAGUAUCUCAAACUGGCCCACAAUGCGGACAAGCAGCAGGCGUCGCGCAUCAAACAGGUGUUUGAGAAGAAGAACCAGAAAUCUGCGCAGACUAUUGCACACUUGCACAAGAAGCUCGAGCACUACCACAAGAAACUCAAAGAGAUCGAGCAGAAUGGUCCUGCGCGACAGCCCAAAGACGUCUUGAGGGACAUGCAGCAGGGGCUGAAGGACGUACGUGCCAAUAUGCGAGCAGGAUUCAGCGGUUUCGGAGGUGGAGUAGUGGAAGGAGUCAAGGGUGGAGUCUCUGCACUUACGCACACCGCCGUUGUCUCGAAACCCCGAGAGUUCGCCAGUCUCAUUCGCAACAAGUUCGGCAGUGCCGACAACAUCGCCCACAUGAAGGACACUUUGGAGGAUGGGCACACAGAGGAGACACCCAGAGCUCUGAGCGGCAGUGCCACGCUGGUCUCCAGCCCCAAAUACGGCAGCGACGAUGAGUGCUCCAGUGCAACUUCUGGGUCGGCGGGUGGAAGCAACUCCGGCGGGGCGGGAGCAACAAUGGGCAGCCCGCGACUGGACGGACAUCAUCACCACCAUCAUCACCACCACUCCUCCUCUUCCUCUUGGGAUGCCCUGCUGGAAGGCCUGCAGGAGAUCAAAGUCGGUCAGGUGCAUAUGGAGGAUGCCAUCGAGGACAUGAAAGCACAGCUGCAAAGCGACUACAGCUACAUGACCCAGUGCUUGCAGGAGGAGCGAUACAGAUACGAGCAUCUGGAAGAGCAACUCAAUGACUUGACGGAGCUGCAUCAGAACGAGAUGAGCAAUCUGAAGCAGGAGCUGGCCAGCAUGGAGGAGAAGGUGGCCUACCAGUCGUACGAGAGAGCGCGAGACAUCCAGGAAGCAGUAGAGUCCUGCCUCACCCGCAUUACCAAACUGGAGCUGCAGCAGCAACAGCAGCAGGUGGUGCAGCUGGAGGGCGUGGAGAACGCGAAUGCCCGAGCUCUACUGGGAAAACUCAUCAACGUCAUCCUGGCCCUGAUGGCGGUACUGCUGGUGUUCGUCUCCACCAUGGCCAACUUCAUCACGCCCCUCAUGAAGACGCGCGCUCGGGUCGGCGCCACCCUCGCCCUUGCGCUCUUCCUGGUCACACUGUGGAAACACUGGGAUUGGCUUGAGCUUUGCCUGUUGCCCAGCUGAAGAACGUGAACAAAACACACGUCCAGAACUUAAACUCUAACUGUGACGCAUCCCUUCCAUCGUACCAGAGGUGGGUGAGACCUUGAAGGACGUACAAGAAAGAUCCAUGGAGAUACGUGGCCUGAAGAUGGUGCUAGACCAUGGCUCUACAUUUCCUGUCUUUUCCUUCUGAAUGGGUUUCUUUUAGGGCUGCGCGAUUAAUAAGGAAGAGUAUCUUGUAUAGCUGGUUCUGUGAUUAGUAGUAAAUCUCCAUCAGGUGCUUUCAGAUGGAGCAGCAUUUUCUACAAAGAGCCACAGUUCACAGACAAGCUACAGAAAAAAAAAUCGCAGGCGAUAUAAUCGUGUGAUUUUGAAAUUGAAGAAAUUGUUCGCGAUAAUGACAGCUGUUUGCGUAGCUUCUCAGUGAACUAUGGCUCUGUGUAGCAUCCAUCUGAAAAUACCACAUUUAAUAACGUUUUUACUCCAAACUCAUAACGUCAGAUGAGUGUUUGAAAUAAAUACUUCUAUGAGAUAAUAUGGCUUCUUACGCAGAGUAAGGCACCCAACAUUAUAUUAAUUAUAAUUAUAUAUUAAUUAUAUUAUUAUGCGUUAUUAUAUUAAAAAUUAUAAUAAGAAGAACUCUGAUAAACCAUAAAUUGUCGUAGUUGUGUGUUUAUUAGUUACGUUGAAACAAUGAAAGCCGUUAAAUCUUGUUUAUUCAGCUAGCGCUAUAGAGAUUUCCUGGGUUUCUUCUGAGUUUCUCUGGCCUUCGGACGGAGAUUUACUAAUGAUCACAGAACCGUGCUUCACUGACAAGAUGCACACGACAAUCACAGCUUUAGCCUAAUCGUGAUUGCGAUUUCGAUUUAUCGUGCAGCCCUAGUUUCUUUCCUUUUUUUAGACCACUGAGCUCCUUUUUGCUUUAACUAAUGAAUGUUAAAACUGGUUCUUAGAGCGGACACAAGAAAUAAGUCUAGAGGAUGGUCUUCUGCUGAUGCAUGGCUUUCAUACCAACACAUGGUCACAUUUCAGAUCCAAACAGCUUCUGAAGGAACUCUUUCGAUGCUGACACCAAAACUGUCUCAAAUGUGCUGCGUUUAGUUUGUUUUGUCUCUGUGGACCUCAGUGUCUGUUACAUAUCUGUGAAAUAUCUCAUCACGGAGGAGAAUCAAACUUUCGUCAUUUUACUUUGUGAAUUGUUAAGUGAUAGGGCGGAAAGGCAGAAACGUAAUGUCAGUAGUCAAGAAUCAAUACUACUUUUGUCAUUAGAACAUUUUUGUAAACACAGUAAUAGUGUAACACUCACUGUCGGCAUGAUCAUAUUUCUCAUGUUUCUAUCCGUUUGCUAGAUCACAACACCACUGUAUUCGUCAUAAAUACAUUUGCAAAUAUA